CUCCACCAAUCGCCUCGGCCAAAGGCUCAAAGGCCAAAGCACACCACCACAAACCAGCCAUGGCCGCCCUCCAGCACACUCCCAUUUCUCUCCAGUCCCCACCGUCCGCCCGAAUCCCAAGAACAUCAAUCCACAACCUCUCCUUCUCCACCGCAUUCCCAUCUCUCAGAACCAAACUGAAACUUGCCGUCGCUACCGGUAAUGGCCGCGCCAGAAUGGCUUCCGCAGCCUCCAGUAGCUACGCCGUGGCCCUCGUCGACCUCGCGAAUUCCAACAACACCCUCGAAAAAACCUACGAAGACGUCGAGAAAAUCGAGAAGAUCUUCUCGGAAAAACAGGUGUUCGACUUCUUCAUCAACCCCACCAUCGAUGCGGAGAAGAAGCGCCAGAUGCUCGACGAAAUUUCGAGCUCGUCGAGCCUCCAGCGCCACACGAACAACUUCCUCAACAUCCUGGUCGAGGCCAGGCGGAUCGACCUGAUCAACGAAAUCGUGAAGGAGUACGAGAUCGUGUACAACAAGCUGACCAACACAGAGAUGGCGGUGGUGAGCUCGGUUGUGCAGCUGGAGACUCAGCACUUGACCCAGAUUGCGAAGCAGGUGCAGAAGCUGACUGGGGCCAAGAACGUGAGGGUCAAGACACUGAUUGACCCCAAUUUGGUGGCCGGAUUCACCGUUAGGUACGGGAGCACGGGCUCCAAGUUCAUCGACUUGAGCGUCAAGAAGCAGCUCGAGGAAAUCGCUACUCAGCUUGACUUGGGCGAUAUUGCAGUAGGCAUAUGAGUUUUUCUGUAUUUUUUUUUUCAUAAUUUUCCUAAUUAUGUCAUUUUAUUUAACUUGGAUGAUUUUUUGUUUCUGGUUUUGGUAGUUUAUUAUUAUAUGAAUGAAUAUUCUGUAUGCUA